AUGGCUACGGAGCGCUCUUUAGGGGCCCUCUUGCGGUCCCUUCAGUCCCCGUCGGCUGAUCUCCAGGAUGCAUUUACCUUGCUCCCUACUGCCACGAGCCUGUUGUCCGUCCUAGGAAACCCGUUGAACUUGAGUCUAUUAUCGUCACAGCUGCUAGCAGCACCAGCAAUAUGGGAUCACCCGGUCGACCUGAACGCCUGUCGGAAGAUCAUCAGCGUCUUCAACUCUGCCGCCAUGGCAAUCCUUCAGAACGAGGCAUCGGACGACCCACGGAUACCCUACGGUCGGCCACGAAAAAUCGAACGCGAAGCAUGGGUCAAGGCAGUUGUCAGCGGAGCAGACGACAAGUCCCCGCGGUGGAGGCAUCUGUUACUCAUCGGUGGAAUCCUGCUGGGGUUUGAGGGACAGAAUCGCCAAGGUCUGCCUUGGAAUGUUCGCAAGAAGCUUGAAUCCGCGCUGGUGACGGCCGCCGAACUAGCUCUGCAGGAGCUGAACCCUCAGAAUCCGAUUGAAGGACUCUGUGUUACUAUGGUCUUGAACUACUCCUUUGAACUAUUGUCGGAUUUCGAGCGCACUAAGCUCGAUUAUGACCGCUUGUUGCCGGUCAUGAUCGAUGCGAUCUACAUUUCACCAGAGGGCCUGGAAGGUGGCUACUUCCUCGGCACUGUUGAUAAGGAUAUUGUUGAAGGCCCUGCGAAGCGAUUUCAGUGGUCCGCGCAGUCCGACACCUUCAUGCGGGUGACAGCUAUCUCCUCAAGUCCGCUAGUGUCUGCUUUGGGUCCGCUGUCUCGGCUCACAGCGCACGCGGUCGAGAACGCCCAGAAUCCAAGACUCGUCGCGAAAUCGGUCGACACUAUUGCCGACUUUGUGCGUACGCUCAUGGUGCAGUGGCGCCAAAACAAGCUGUCGGAGGUGGAUAGGGCAGAGGAAGCGGAAUUUCUGGACGCCGAAUCACUAAAGAACACCAUCCCCAGUCUCUGGAGACUGCUUCGUAACACCUUGUAUUCUGCGGUGAUUGUGCUUCGAGCUGUUUUGGGGAGGGUGCUCAACGACCCUGUAUUAGCAGCCAACCAAAGCGCACCUUUUCUCUCGAUGCAAUCCCUGCACAUACUCCGAAACCUGUAUUUCAUAUCAUCUCGCAUCGGACCCAACUCCUCCUCUCAACAUAUGUUCGUUACGUUGACGGCCGUGGAUAUCCUUUCGCAGUAUCCCGACCUCACCGAGAACUUCCUCAGGAGCAUCAAGCCGAACGAACUUUGUCAGAUUCCGGCACAUCCUCUCGAACGGACUCUGGAUUUGUUCUUCCUGAACACAGCGGAGCUGUUCACUACCGUCCUCUCCUCCAAAUUCAGCGAAGAACUUCUCAUAUCCGCUGCCAGUCCUUAUCUCCCCGCCGGCGGGAACAACCAUCUCCUGGAGAUCUUUGAGGCGGCGCAUAGUGUGGUUCUUGCUGUAUUUGCAAUUCCGGAGAACGCUGCACUCGCUGCCAAGCAUCUACCUUUCUAUAUCGACAACCUUUUCGCGGUAUUCCCUCAAAACCUCUCCAUUCGUCAAUUCCGUCUUGCUUUCAAGACCGUGCUCCAAGUUACUGCUCCUCCCUCGCCCAUCGCAAACAAACAGCGACUUCUCCCAUCGAUCCUCCUCGAAGUCCUCUACGACCGCGCGCUGCAUGCGCCCACGGACCCCCUGCCACCGUCAGCCCAGGGAGGCACCGACGCCAACAUGGGCCAGACAACACCUCUUUCAGAGCAGGCGGCCUUGACUAUGUCCUUGAUCGACGGCCUUUGUUUCCUGCGUGUCGAGGAUCUGGAAGAGUGGCUUCCGUUGGCAGCCAACCUGAUCAACACCAUCCGCGAGCCGGAGAUGCGUCAUGCCUGUGUUGAGCGCUUCUGGGACGCACUAAGCAACGGCGAAAUGGACGUGGAGCGCGCCCAUUACUGUGUCACUUGGUGGAGCACCAAAGGUGGUCGUGAGCUCAUUUUGUUUGGCAACGAGCCAGACAACGCGGAGACGGACAAUGCCCAGGGCGCGUAUAUGAGCGGCGCCGUGGGUGCCGUUGCCCCCGAAAGAAGCUCUAAGCUUUAG